AUGCCUAAACUCCUACAAAGCAUGGUCACUGUCAUCGAUGUCUUCUAUGAAUAUGCCAGCCAAGAUGAGGAAUGUAACAUGUUAAAAAAGAAAGAAAUGAAGGCACUUUUGGAAAAUGAGUUUCAUCAAAUUCUGAAGAAUCCAGAUGAUCCAGACACUGUAGACAUCAUCAUGCAGAGCCUGGAUCGAGACCUUAACAAGAAGGUGGAUUUCACUGAGUAUCUUCUGAUGAUAUUCAAGCUGGCCAAGGCUUGUAACAAAAUCAUCAGCAAAGAUUACUGCCAAGCUUCAAGGUCAAAGCAGAGAGACCACAGUCAUUGGCACCAUGAGGAACAGAGUGAAGAAGAAGAUGAGGUCAAAAGACAAGGAUGGUCUCCCAGUCACUCAAGUUGUAAUGCAGGAGAGAAAUAUUCCUAUUCCAGAAUCUCCAGAGGGGUCACAGAACAGAACUGUGGAAGCAAGAUACAGCAAAGUGACCAUUCUAGUUCUGGGCACAGAAACACAGAUGCAGUUCAAGUGGACAGUCAGGACUUAAUAGACAGCAAAAAGAUGGUUUGGAAUCAAGACGGUAUUCAGGCUCUAAAGAGUGUGAGUCUGAAUCAGGCCAGUCCAUAA